CCUAGUUUGCUUAGAUUUAAUUUGCAGGAUUUUUUCUUGCUGCGAGUAGUCGAAUCCACAUCAUUUUCGAUGGGACGAAUACUCCAACAAUCCUGCUUACCGCAGAUUUGGUUCCUGUGUGUAUAUUUACAAUUGUUUUUUAGAAGCCCGAUCUAGGGUUUUGAUUUGUGAACCGACGCAGCCCCGGCACUGCUCUCUGCUUUGCGGCUGUCGAGUUCAUCCUGCAGUUAGGAGCUACCAUGGUUGGCAUAUGCAGCAGCUGUAGACUUGUAGCCCCCCUUUUAGCCGAUUGAAUCAACCCAUAGAGCCAUACAAGGAUUAUCUCGAUGUAAUUUGCAAUCAAGGUUGGUUAGCUGAUUGCUGCAAUUGUGACAGGGUGACAUGUUUAGGCUGAUUGCUGGAAUAUAAACAAAGCAGUAGUUAAUUAAGAAUAUGAAUGGAUUUUGCUUUCUUGGUAGUUUUAACAGUGUUCUGGGUCUUCCUUCUGAUCAGAAAUUAAUAAUAAUCUAAAAUGGUGUGCAGCUUAGGUUAAAAUCAAGUAAUAUUUUGUUGGGCGGAAAAUACAAGGCCUCACCAGAAGGAAUACCCUUGUGCAGCAGACGAAGAGCUGUCUCUCUGUGUGGUUUUGUUUGGUUUAUUUUUUUGCAGUUGCAGGGGGAGAAUCUAAACAUUAUAUUGGAGGGACAAAUUCAUUUUGUUUACCUUUUAGUUUAUCUGUUGGGCAUUAACCUAGUUGAACGGUGUGCAGAUUUAUAUAGGUUAAAAAGUGACCAGUUUACCAGGAGCAAGAUUUAGCCCUGACGAGUACUGAAAUAGAUCACAGUUAUUUUGGUCUUUCUAUUCACUUUCUCCUGAUAUUUAACUUUUUGAGUAAGUUUGCAGAUUAGGUCUUAAAAAGGGAUUGGGAUUAGGAUUUCUUGGAAGGCCUGAGCUGUAUAAUUUUCCAGUCAUACAGUCGGCUGCACAGGGUUAAAUUUACAGGAAUAUUACUUGUUGGUGAUCAUAAAAGAAGCGUAUGUUGUGAGCCCUGGUUUGUUUUAGCUGCAUGUGUACCUUUUGUCUACUUAGUCUUGCACACUGACGACCUUUAUUGAGGCAUAGUGUCAGCCACAGAGUUGAAUCAUGGCGGAGCACUUGGCUUCGAUCUUUGGCACUGAGAAGGAUAGGGUCAACUGCCCUUUCUACUUCAAGAUUGGGGCUUGUCGUCAUGGGGAUCGCUGUUCCCGUCUGCACAACAGGCCAACCAUAUCACCGACUCUUGUUCUUGCUAACAUGUAUCAGCGUCCUGAUAUGAUAACCCCUGGAGUUGAUGCUCAAGGCCAACCUAUUGAUCCUGAGAAGAUGCAGGAGCAUUUUGAGGACUUCUAUGAGGACAUCCAUGAGGAGUUGGGCAAGUUCGGUGAGAUCGAGAACCUGAAUGUCUGCGACAACCUUGCUGACCACAUGAUAGGGAAUGUCUAUGUCCAGUUCAGGGAGGAAGAACAAGCAGCUGCAGCAUACAAUGCUCUUCAGGGUCGCUUUUACUCUGGCCGCCCAAUAAUUGUGGAGUAUUCUCCUGUGACUGACUUCCGUGAAGCAACCUGUAGGCAGUUUGAGGAGAACAGCUGCAACCGUGGUGGCUACUGUAACUUCAUGCAUGUGAAACAAAUUGGCAGGGAUCUCAGGAGGAAGCUCUAUGGGCAUUCUGCUUCCAGGAGGUACCAUGGGAGAAGCAGAAGCAGAAGCCCCCCACCUCAAAGGAGGGGUCAUCGUGAUCGUGAUGACUACCAUCGUGACCGUGAUGAUUACCGUCGUGGUGGCGGCGGCGGCGGCGGUGGCGGGCGGGGUAGAGGCAGCAGACAUGACAGGUAUGAUGAUGGAGGGGGCAGAGGCGGCAGGCACGACAGGUAUGAUGAUGGAGGAAGACGCAGGCGUGGGAGGAGCCCAGUCAGGGAGAGCAGCGAGGAACGCAGGGCGAAGAUUGAGCAGUGGAACCGUGAACGGGAGGCAAAGCAGUGAGGUUUCUGUGGCAAGUGUCUUGAGACGAGCAUUGCUCACUGGAGUUGUUUAGCUCGUCGUUUACCCCUAUAUUCUAAGUGAACUAGUGUUUGGUGAUAUUCUGCUUGGCUAAGUAACCUUUUUAAGUGCAGGAUGCCUCAGUUUAUUUGGUUAUUCAGUUGAAGCUAGCAUUGGUGUGAGUGUGAGAUCAUUAUUGGUGUUAGUGUUAUGUCAGUUGUGACUUUGUUAUUCGAAUGACCAUAUGGUUUUCAGCUCUGUGCUAUGUUCCCUGUUGGAUUUCCA